AUGUCUCUAUCCUCGGAAAUACGGGCAAACUAUGUUGGCAUCAUCGACUCGAUCUUGGAGACUUCCGAUCUCACGACCAUCUCGAGAAAGAGUGUUAUGAAGGGAAUUCAAGAUCGUAUUGAGUAUGACAUAACUCCGCAGAAGGCUGCCAUCAAGGAAUUGAUCGGCGAGCGAUUCGACAUCAUAAGUGCUCAGAACAGCGGCGACGCAGAGACCUCAGUAGUGCCCUCGGUCGAACCUGCGGAUCCAACACCCAAAACAAACGGAAUUCACAAACCUGCCCCACCUUCUCCCUCAAGUUCACCUGCUAAGCGUGAGGCGCCCAGUGAGGAUCGACCAGGUGCAGCUGAUGCAUCUCGGCCCAAAAAGAAACACAAAGUGAGCAUUGACGCGGAUGCGGCAUUUGCGGCCAAACUACAAGCGGAGGAGGAAAGACGCGCACGACCUACACGUGGUGGUGCAAACCACAAGGCCGCACCAGCAAAGCGGAAGAAGAAAGUCAAGAAAGAGCGAGUGACAGGUUCAGAUGACUCGGAUCUUGACGAAGAUGGAAAUAAGCCAGAGAAGCCGAAGAAAGAGACUGGCUUUCAUAAACCGCUAAAUCUAUCUCCGGCAUUAUCCAAUCUGUUUGGUGGAGAAACACAGUUGUCUCGACCGCAAACUACCAAACGGAUUUGGCAACACAUCAAAGCGAAUGAGUUGCAAGAUCCUAGCGACAAAAGAUACAUUUUUUGCGAUGACAAAAUGCGCGAAGUCUUCAAACAGGACCGAGUGCAUAUGUUCACCAUGACGAAGCUCAUUUCUCAGCAAAUGUACAAUCCGGAUGAAUAA